CGAGAGAUCGGCAGCACAGUUUCGUGCUCAGCUCAGCUCGGUUCGGCUCAGCCUCGUAUCGGCCUCGGUCUUUCGAGCCAAAAAAGGUACGGAUUUUCCUUGACGAGUAUCUACUCUUGGAUACACGCUUAGACCCUCUUCUCUUGCUUGGUGCGUAGUACGCGUUUGCGACGUCGCAGCCGUAUACCGAGAGAUCAUGGAAUCUGCGUGGCAGUUAGCGACAACUGUCGUUUUCUUCUUGGUUCAGUCGAAUUUAUUGCACGCUCAUCGCGAACACAAGGUCCACAACAUAGUACUUUAUCCGGACAAGCACAGUUGGUGCAAAACGACGCCUAUCAAGCAGGUAGUCGCGUGGCCUCAAUGCUCCUCCCAAGAACUCGAUAACAACGUGUGCGUUGGAGCUUGUUUCUCUUACAUGGUACCCCAUAGCGAGCCAUCCGCUCCUGGUGAUUUGAUAAGACCCUAUUGCGACUCCUGUCAACCUCUUGACAGCGUUUGGCAUACGGUUACCUUGGAUUGUAAAGACGAGGAAAAUAAUCCAAUGACUAUGCAGAAAAAGGUUCAAAUAAUAACUAAUUGUUCGUGCAGUUCUUGCAUGGAAACAUCUAGAAUCAAACCCGAUUACAAUACGUUACUUCAAUCGUUGACCGUAGAAAAUUUGGAUAAGAACGUUAACGUUGUCCACGAGACGCCAGAUCUCCUGUUGAAUCCUAAUUUGAAUUCGUCGAAAAAUACCACGAGAGACGGGGUGGAAGCUAACGAAAGAUUUUUGCAAUUGUUCAAGCAAGGAUUGAAGGACUCGGAGAAUUUAGAUGAGAUAGGCGCGAAAGAAUUGUUGAAGAAAUUUGGAGAAGAGAUAGAUAUGGACAAGUUUAGGGAUUUAUUGAAGAAACUUAGUCAAGAGGAUGAGAGGCAUCAGGAACAUCAGCAAAAUAACAAACAGCAACAGCAACAACAUCACGGUCCAACGACGAUGCUACAUCGGGGUCCUCAUCAUUCGAUGGUUUUGGAUUCCGGUGUGAAGGAAAAGAUCGACGUUGAGCCGCAUUAUCUUCAUCCAGCUGUGGCCGGUCAAGAGAUCAGUUAUCACGACAACGUUGUCGUCGACAAGGGAAAGAAGAAAGAUUUUUGAGAUCUCUCUAAGAUCGAAAACGAUCGUCUCGUUUUACGAAAUUGGAUGCCGGCCUGGGUUAUUUUGAACGAGCUGGACGACAAACGAGCGGAUCGUCGUAAGCGCGAAGGAACGAACGACACUUUUCUUCUUUCCCACGCUGAUUCCACGAGAAUCGAUCGGUAAGGAAUUUCAUGCCUGGUCCAAAAGCUAUAAAAAGACGUAAAUCUGUGUACGUGACGGUAGCUAGCUAGCAAUUUUAUUCUUCCCUUUUUAAUCGUCAAAAUAUUUAGACUGCUUAAAUGGGGGUACAUAUACGAUUUAUUUUUUUUUAUUUUUUUUUUUUCCCGUAUUAUUCGCGAUCGAAUUUCAUUCUUUUAUUCAGCUUAAUAUAUAUUCUACACAUGUAUGUAGAGAUAAUAUUAUAUUUUAAAUUAUUUCUCAUUUUUGUUAAUGCUACGAAUUAGUUUGUCAGUGAACAAAAAAAAUGAUAACGAGGAUAUCGAGCCAACGAGAAAAAGAAAUAAAGAGAAGAGAGAGAGAGAGAGAGAAAGAGAAAAAAAAAUACGUGAUCGGACUCUUACCGUAAUUUUCGAACAUUUCGUGUUUCGGUUUGUCAAGAAUCGAUCAUGUAUAGAUUAAAAAUAAAUAGAAAACUAGAGUUUCCCAGUUAAUUUCGUAUUCAUUGUUAUGAGUGAGAGUGAGAGAGAGAGAGAGAGAGAGAGAGAGAGAGAGAGAGAGAAAGAAAAAGAGAGAGAAAAUUUUAAUAUAUAUUUAGUUAUUAUUAUUGUGUUAACUAUUUAACGAAAAUCACGCCUUUCAUAUAAGCUCGCACCGAGAGACAACAUUAACAAUUUUUUCAAACUAAAAGUUUCCUCUUUUUAUUUUAUAGACCGAAAGGAAGAACAUUGAUGCGCUUUUCAUUUCGUAUUUUUAUUCACACACACACACACACAAUUCUAUUUUACAUAUAUAUUUUGUUUCUUUAUUCAUCAUCGCUUCUACGUUUUAUUAAUGCAUUGUAAUGUCAUUGUUCUCGUAGAGAAUAAAAGAACGAACGGUAUAACAAGACCAGUUAUUUUCUACUUUGUCGUAUACGAUCAUUUAUUUUCAUCGGUGUAUUAUUAUUUCAUGUCCUGUAUUAUAUCUAAUAUGUCUAAUGUUAACGUAAUUAUAACCCGAUGACAAAUGUAUUUUUUAACGAACAAAGAAAUCGCAACGAAUGUAAUCGGUAAUACCAGAACGAUAUUUCCCAAGAAGGAACACGGUAAAUUAGCAAAGAAAAGAGGAAUAAACAGAUACGUUCAUUUCCCUUUCUUCGUUUAUCAUUUUUCGAUAUUUAUUAAACAAGGAAAACGCGAUAAAGAAAUUUAGGUGCGCCGUCGUCUUGUGCAAAUCUUUUCAACAACGUAGAUUCAAAGUAAAGAACAAAUUUUCUUAAA